AUGAGGUGUGUGAGGAGACUUAUAUACUGUGUUGAACACUCAAUUUGUCCACAUUAUUUUAUUCCCGAAAGUAAUUUAUUUGAAAAUAAGAUUAAAGGAAAAGCACAAGGAACACUCUUAAAAAAGUUAAAUACUCUAAAUAGUUAUGGGUGGCGAUGUAUCUUAUUUUCAGAUCAAAUCUCGUAUUUUAAUGAAUUAGCAUUUCACAUACUCAAUGAAGAAAGUCCGUUAUGUUUUGAUAGUCUUAAACUAAUAGUAUCCCCAUUUAUGUUUUUAACGAAUUUUGUUAUCCCAAGUUACCAUUCUUCAUGGAGAACAGAAGUUCCCAUGAUAUUAUCUCUUGAGAGUUCCAAAAUAAAAUACCUUUACGCGUUCUACAUGUCAAAGAAGUCUUGCUUUAAAGCCCAGUUACUACCAUUUGAUUCACUUUACGAUAACAAAUCUACAUAUAAACAACACAAAACCUGUAUAAAUACGUUGUUACUGAAUAUACGUCAUGAUGCUGUGUCUGGGUGGCUGAUGGUAGCUUCAUUUUUCUAUAAGACAAAGCAAUACAAAAUAGCUUAUUGCAUCUUGCAGUAUUCCCUAUUAAAAUGUUCACCCGAAAAACUUUACAUUGACAUUAAUUUGUCAGAAAUUCAUUAUGAAAUAUUAAGUUUGGAUGUGUUCAGGCAAAUGAAUAUUGCCAAGUUGUGGAAAUUGCUGAUGGUAGAUAAAGUAUGGUUUUUUAAAAACAACUCUACAUUAUUACCGGAUGAAUUGCAAAUCGAAGUAAAUACGGGAAUAUUCAUAAUACCGCCAGUGGUAUAUGCUCAUUUCCUUCUUUGUCUUUGUCAUUAUCAUCUUAACAAUAUCAUCCAAUGUCAGCAUUCUCUUCAAGAUUUACAAUUGACAAUAGACGAAGAGUAUUUCAUAGCUGGUUCCGAGGAGAGAGCUAUAUCAUACAACAUCCUCGGUAUAAUUUUUCAGUUAGUAGGCGACAUAGAAUCAGCGAGACGUGCAUUUAUAAAAGCUUCAGAAUAGGAAUUGAAUCCAUUUAUAAAUAAUGCGUCCCAGGAUUGUCAUUAGUAGGUUCAAUAAACUAAUGAUUAUUUUUACGAAUGUCAGUGAACUACAUGUGUUUUUUUCUGAUUCUUUUGAUGAUUAUUGUAGUUUUGCUCAUAUGGUGACUCUUAUUUUAUUUGUCUAUUUUUAUAUGAGUUUUAAAACAAAUAAUGCAAUAUAUGAAACAAAGUAAAACACGACAUAAAAAGCUA